AUGGCUUUUGAUUUGGUGGAUCAAAUGCCGUUUCUAUAUGUUCGUGUAGCUAAAGUGAAAAUCUCAAAUCCAGAGGCAGAUUCUUCAAUUCAUGCCAAGCUCGUGAUCGGUACUCACAACGUCAAAACCAAAUCACAAGCUGCUAAUAAAGAUUGGGACCAAGUUUUUGCAUUUGAUAAAGAAGGAUUGAAUUCAACCUCCCUUGAAGUGUCUGUUUGGAUUGAGAAAAAGAUACCUGUAAAUGAAAACAACAAUGGAGUUUCAGAGAGUUGUAUUGGAACUGUGUCUUUUGAUCUGCAAGAAACCAAAGAUGGUACUCGUAGGACAACUGAUGCAUACGUCGUGGCUAAAUAUGGGCCGAAAUGGGUUCGCACUCGUACUAUUCUUGAUCGGUUUAAUCCACGAUGGAAUGAACAAUAUACUUGGGAUGUGUAUGAUCCAUGCACUGUAUUGACUAUAGGCGUGUUUGAUAACGAAAGGUACAAGCAUGACGAGGCAGGGUUGAAGAAGGAUGUAAGGCUUGGAAAGUUACGUGUACGCCUCUCGACUCUUGACACUAAUCGAGUGUAUGUUGGUACUUAUUCUCUUAUGGUGUUGCUUCCUAGUAGGGCAAAGAAAAUGGGAAAAAUUGAGAUUGCUUUGAGGUCUUGGUCCUCAUCGUAG